UAAUGCCUGUGUGUGUGUGUGCGUGUGUGCCCUACAUAUACCUGUAUAUAUAUAUUGCGCGCACCACACACGCAGGGGUCAUGCGACAUAGCAGACUGCUGUGUACAUAUAAUAUGCGCCGCCGCACCUGCGCGCAUGACACACACUCGAAGGGGUUGCUGCGGACGACCCCCCGCGCAGCAGUACUAUAUACAAGUCCCUAUCCUCUACCUCUAAUCUAAUACCCACUUGUCGUCUGGUGUUUGUAUAUAUAUAGGUAGCAGCAGCAGCAGCAGAAGGCCUCGCGCGCGGGGAUAGUGCACUGCACCCCCUGAGCAGUGUAUCCAGUCUACAGUAUAUACCGCGAUAUAUAAGAGAAUCAAUCGGUCGCGGGCGGCGCGUCAAAACAAGAGUUCGAGAGAUUAAACAAUCUAUAUAUACCUGUAUAUAGCAGUAAUAAUAAAACCCCCUGUUGCGCGCAAUCGCCGAGUGUUUGUGCCCGUGUGCAGGUGCAUAUAUAAGAUAGUGACCGCCGCGGCGCGCGGACGAUGAUUACGAUAAGAGCGGUAAGAGUCCCCCAGCACGACCACAGGGCCUGCAUGAUCCGUUCGCGUCAUUAUUAUUUCAUACCGUAGAGAAGAAAAAGGGGUCGUAAUUUUUUGGUGUAUAAUAUCGACGUCGAGUAGGCAUGAGCUGGCGCAUCGUAAACGGGGUGUGUUUGCGGCCGCAACGACGACGUAGUACUAUAAUGCGCGCGGCCAACAAUAAUAAAGUAUUCAUCCAGGCAGUAUUAAAAAUUUAGGCGGAAUCAUCGAGCGUGUUUCGUACGCGUUACUCUGGCUUUGUUAUUAUCGCGUAUUAAUGUUAUACCCAGUUUAAGGGUUGCAAUUGCGGAGGGCGCACACGCGUGAGAUGUCACAACAACAAUAAUAAUAAUAAUAAAUAAUAAAUAAUAAUUAUAAGAAGAAUCGCGAGUGAUUUUUCGGUUUGUGUUUUUGGCAAAAAUGAGCCAAGAUCAGUGCACCGAUGUGAUAAGCCAAGGACCAACGCCGGACGAGGACGCGAGCAUAGGAGCCAAAAGGAGCUACAUGGAGGAGAAUUUUCAAACGAAUCCGUUUUACGAGGCUACGUCGACGGCUAAGGCCGAGCUUGCAUCGUCGCCGACGUCGUCGUUGAGCCGCGCCGUCGCCGCCGCCACCGAAUCCAUGAGUCAAGAGUCAAUUAACCCCGAAAGCUUCGCUAGCUCGUACUACGCGCACACGGGCGCGGUGCCCAAGGGGAGCGGCGGCGUCGGUGGCAUCAGUAGCGGCGCGCACGUGAAGAUGAAAAAAUUCAAAAGCGCCACGGAGGAGCUGAGCGAGGCCAAGGAGACGUACAGCGCGCUGCUGCGUAUGGCAGCCGAGCCCAACCGACAGAACUUCAAUGCUUUUUGCGAGGAGAAACGGGAUCAACUGAGAGAGGUGAGAGAGGAGUCGACCAAGCUGCUGGAGCUGAGGGCCAUCGCGCGUCAGCUGCACAACGACCUGCCCACGGACGACGACAAGAACCCGGACCUGAUCGAGGCCAAGAUGCAGAGCGUCUUUCAGAAGCUGGAACGAUUGAACCUGGGCCUCGAGCAGCUGCAGAUAGCUCACGACAUGAAAUUUCAAGACUGAUUAAAUAGAUUUAAUCGAUUAUUAAUUAAUUAUUAAUUAUCAUUGAACC